AUGGAUGUCAUGUGGCAACUAAAGCUAAUCAAGAGAAAGUAAGCGACUGGACUGGAUUGGACAAUCUACCACCAGGCCUUUUAAAGGAUUCAGCUGAGCAAAUAUCUGCCCCACUAACUUACUUAAUAAACCUUUCACUUAUGACAGGCAUCUUUCCAACUGAUUGGAAAACAGCAAAAGUUAUUCCAAUUCAUAAAUCUGGCACGCGCUCAAAUUUUGAUAACUUUGACCUAUAUCAAUUUUACCGGCAAUAUCGAAAAUUUUUUAAAUGAUUAUACAUCGCCAAGUCAUGUCAUUUCUCAAUGACAAUAACUUGCUUUUGCUGUUCCAAAUUUGGCUUCAGAUCUGAUCUGUCUACUGAGUAUGCAGCAACUGUCCUUUUGAAUGACAUCAGAAGAAAUGUUGAUAAAGGUAAUCUGGUUGGAGCUGUCUUCAUGGACCUCAGCAAGGCGUUUGACACUUUGAGUCACGCUAUGCUACUUGACAAACUACCUCAAUAUGGAAUAUAAGGCACAUAACUUCAAUGGUUCAAAGACUAUUAUGGAUGUUUAUCUGUUUUUUAGGCCCUCUAUUGUUUUUGGUAUACUUCAAUGAUGUUAUAGAGGCAAUUGAGCACUCAAGUAUUGUCAUGUAUGCUGAUGACACCAUUCUGUAUGUUGUGGGAAAGGAUAUACAAUCAAUUCAAGCCAACUUAUCGAAGGAUAUGGACAGUUUAGCAGACUGGCUUAGGGAGAACGAGUUGAUUAUUAACCUUAAGAGAGGGAAAACAGACUCUCUUUUAUUUGGAACUGCGCAAAGGAUUACAAAACAUAGUGAACCUCUUAAAGUAUCGAUAUCACGUCCAUCACCCACUGUUAUCACAACAACAGACGUAUACAAAUACCUGGGAGUAUUAGUGGAUAGUUCUCUGAAUCUAAAUUCAAAUUUUGAUUUAUGCUAUAACGGGCAGCUGGAAGAUUAA